GUGCUGGGGGUGGCAGGGACCCCCAUGGCUCCAGUUGCCUCAGAGCCCCCUGGUCACACGGUGACAGCUCCAGCGAUGUCCUCAGGAAUGGGGACAGGGAAGGUUCCUGCUCAUCCCCACUCUGAGGACCCCAUCAUGAACUUCACCUUGAGGCUCCUGGAUGAGGACUCCAGUGCCACUCCAGAGAAGCUGCCAGUGCUCAGUCCCAGCUCUGUGAUCCACCUGGAAGCCAGUGUCCACUUCAGUCCCAGCAUCUCCAUGAAGAUCCACGUGGAUCAGUGCUACAGGACCACCACGGAGCAGCCAGGACACUCCAGGAGGGUCUCCAUGGUGGUGAACAGCCAUGGAUGCCUGCAUGGGGAGAAGCUGGGGAAUGUGUCUGUCCAGCACCAGAGAGGGGAAUCUGUCCUCCAGCUCUCCAUCCUGGCCCCCACACUGGAGGGUGAGGCUGAGGAAGAGCAGGUCUACGUGCACUGCCUGCUGAUGGCACGGGGACAAGGACAUGCCACCAGGACCUGCUUCUACAGCCACACCAUGGCCAGCUGGCGUAACGCAGAGGACCCUGUCCACAGCAGCCCAUGCCACUGCUGUGACAGCGGCUGUCCUGCUGCUGACACCCUCCGUGGAGACGUGCCAGCAUUCCCAGGAGAGGGGACACUCCACCGGGAGACAGUUGGACCAGUGCUGGUGAAGAAGGAGAAGGUGCCAUGGUACAAAGCAGUGUGCCAGACGAUGAAGAGGUUCCUGCUGGCUGGGCUGGCCCUGGUGGGCAGUGCUGUGCUGCUGGUCACCGUGCUGGGGCUGGCUCUGACCACCCGGUGUCUGGGCAGAGCCCGGCAGAGACAGCGGCCACCGAGGCAGAGGUGUCCCUUCCAGGCUGAGCUUCAGAGUGUGGUGGGGGCCCUGGUCCUCAGGGAGAUGGAGAAACAGGGUGAGAUGGGACCAGAGCCUCUUUCUCAGCAAUAAAUGUAGCUUUGCUUUCUCUAAA